AUGCCGGCCGAAAGGCGCUCUCUGCGAUCAAACAACAAAUCCGACACCUCUUCAUCUGCUAACGGUGAAAAGGCAAACUCGAACUCACAAAGCUCGGGUGCAACAGAUAAGGCGCCCACUACUCGUGCUGCCGCCAACAAGGCCAAGUCAGCUCCGACUAAGAAAGACGCAAAGGGCGCAUCGAACGGCAAUAUGGCGGAGGAUGAUCAGUCGCAUACGAAUGGAUCGAAAUCAACCGAGAACGGUGUGAAUGGAUCCGAAGAUGUUGAGAUGGGAGAGGAUACGGCAGGUGCGCCUACAUCCUCAUCCAACGCCAGCAAGGGCCGCAAGAAUGACAAGAUGACUGUUGUAGUGCCCCCGACCAAGGGUUCUAGAUCAUCCGGCAAGGGUAAGGGGGAAGAUGUGACGAUGGAAGGUGCGGAGGAUGGUGAUGCUGAAACCACCGAGGCUGAGGUCGACCCAACGACCAAGGCCAUUCAAGACAUCAAGACCAAUUUCACCUUGCUAGAGCGAGCCGUUGCCCACUUUGACCCCAGAUUUACUCUCCGUGUCCUACGAUCGAUAUCGUCGAUGCGGAAACAUCUCACUACAGGCGUCCUCGCCGAAGUCAUCGUGGAAACCUAUCCCGCUUCUAACUCGACCGCCUCGUUCUUGUUGGAAGCUCUUGACCAGGCCAAUGCCUUUGAGAAUGCUCCUGAUAGCUCGCAAAUGGAGGUGGACUCGGAGAAGAAGGCUGCCCCCAAGGAGACAAUUGCCGAGGUGGAUGUAUAUCUCUCUAUUCUCGUCCAGAUAUACCUCUUCGAUCAGCGGGAGAUUCAGAAGGGAGUACAAUUCUCGACCAGCUUGAUUGAGCGUCUGCGAGCCCUCAACCGUCGCACGCUGGAUUCUCUCGCUGCCCGUGUGUACUUCUACUAUUCUCUCUUCUUCGAACAAACUGCCCCGCUUCCUCCUUCUCCCGCAGCAGCAGUUACUACUAUCCGCCAGCCCUUGCUGGCCGCCCUGCGCACUGCUGUUCUCCGGAAAGAUGUCGACACCCAGGCUACAGUGAUGACGCUGCUGCUUCGCAACUACCUGUCCACAUCUCAUAUCUCACAGGCAGAUCUUCUCAUCUCGCACAACCCAUUCCCCGUGGCUGCGUCCAACAACCAGAUUGCUCGUUAUAUGUUCUAUCUCGGCCGCAUUCGUGCCAUUCAGUUGCAAUACACCGAGGCCCAUAGCCAUUUGAUUGGGGCUACACGCAAGUCACCAGCUAGCCAGGUUGCUCGUGGGUUCUAUCAGGCUUCCCAUAAGCUCUUGGUUGUUGUCGAGCUGUUGAUGGGUGAUAUUCCAGACCGCGCUGUCUUCCGCCAGCCGGCCUUGGAACGGGCCAUGCAUCCUUAUCUGUUGCUCUCUCAGGCAGUCAGUGUUGGCGAUCUGGAUGGAUUCCUCAACAUUGUCAACACCCACAGCGAGACUUUCCGGAAGGACGGCACAUACACCUUGAUUCUGCGCUUGCGACAGAAUGUCAUCAAGACUGGUAUUCGCAUGAUGUCGCUUUCUUAUUCCCGUAUCUCUUUGCGGGAUAUCUGUCUUCGCCUUGGCCUUGACAGUGAGGAAUCUGCCGAGUACAUUGUGGCUAAGGCUAUCCGGGACGGUGUCAUCGAAGCUACACUUGAUCACGAGCACGGUUUCAUGAAGAGCAAAGAGGUGGGCGACAUCUACGCCACUAGAGAACCUGGCGAGGCGUUCCACGAGCGUAUCCGCGCUUGUCUGGCUCUCCACGAUGAGAGUGUUAAGGCUAUGCGCUUCCCUAUGAACCAGCACCGCUUGGAGCUCAAGAGUGCUCAAGAGGCCCGGGAACGGGAGCGGGAGCUUGCCAAGGAGAUUCAGGAGGGCGACAUGGAUGAUGAAGAUGCCGGUGGUGAUUUUGACGCUAUUUAA